AUGCGUUCCGACAAGCUUCUCGUGCUCGCCGGUCUGGCGAGCUAUGCUCUCGCUCUCCCCACGAAGGACUUGGACCCCCGUACCUUCGGCCUCGUCGCCGAGAUCCUCACUGACCUUGGUGAGGACCUGACCGGUUUCAUCGAGGCCCUCCUUGGCGGCGGUGUCCAGAGCUCCGCAAGCCUCCUCACUGGUAUCAGCGCUCAGGCAGCUGCUGUCCUUGAAGGUGGUGCCCUGGGUUGCACUGCUGGCAAGAUCGAGGCCUCCGCUCGUGCGGAGCUGGCUGCGUGGAUCCGGGCUCAUGCCAGCUUCGAUGCCUCCCUCAAGUCGUCUCUGUUGGCCUGGUGUGAGGGUGAGGACUCUGCCACCUUGUCCGUCGAUGUCCGUGCUGGUCUCGCUCUGUUCAUUCCCACCUGCGCCGAGGUCGCUGCCAAGGGCGACAUUUACGUGACUGUCGACGGUAUCUUCUCCGUUUCCGAACUCGAGGCCGCUGUUGUCCUCAGCUCUUCUUUCCAGUCUACUCUGUCUACUUUCCUGUCCGGAUCCGUUGGUGUCGAAUUGGAUGCCGACAUCAAGGCUGGUCUUUCCCUCUGUGCUGGUGGUGGUGUCGUCGCCGACCUUGCUUCGGACAUCGAGGCCUCCCUGAAGGUCUGGCUUUCCGGCUCUGAGUGCUCUCUGAGUGCCUCCCUCAAGGCUGCUGUCCUUGCUUGGUUGGAGGGCAAGGCUAGUGUGUCCGGCGUUGUUACCAUCGGCACUGUGCCCACUGCUGGUCUCACCACUGUCUCCGUCGGUGCCGCCAUUAACGCCCUUGUCGAAACCUCCGGUGCCCUCACCGCUAGCGCCCAGGCCUACCUCUCUGCCUUCCUCAAGUCCUCCCUCGCCGCCGACAUUGAGGCCGAUGUUAAGGUCGUUCUGGAGGCCUGUAUCUCGGGCAAGCUUGCCACUUCCGUCAGCGCCGAUGCCCGUGCUGCCCUGGCAGUCUGGCUCUCUGGCGAUAGCUGCCAGCUGGGCGUUGAGCUGAAGGCCGUUCUCUACUUCUGGCUUUCCUUUGCCCUGAGCGGCGACGUCACCGUCGACCUGUCCACCGACAUCAUUACCGAACUCGAGACUUUCAUCACCGGUACCAUCGACACUCUCAUCGGUGUCAACAUUAGCGGCGUGCUCUCCCUUCUGCUGUCUGGCGAGAGUCUGGCCUCCCUUUCCCUGGAGUCUCGUGCUGAGCUGUCUGCUGUCAUCGGUGGCUGCGCUGGUGUUGAUAUCAGCUCCUCCAUUGAGAUCAUCGUCAUUGAAUGGCUUACCGGCUGCAGCAUCCCCGGCGGUCCUUCCAUCGGCUCCGGCUCCGGCUCCAGCUCCGGAUCUUCGUCUAAGCUUAUCCCCAGCGCCUCCAGCAUUCCCGCCGUCGCUUCAACCCCCGCUGUCAGCGUUCCUGCUGUUCCCACCGUCUCGGUUCCCACUGGCGGUUCUAGCCCCAGCAAGCCUGCUCAUCCGGUGCUCCCGGAUCCCCCAACGGUGUCAGCCCUACCGACACUCCUUCGGUUCCCUCCUCCCCUGCCCAGUCUGGUGCUCCUGGCUCUCCCUCUGGCGGCGUCCCCGCUCCCAGCGGUGGCGUCGUUCCCUCGUCUCCUGCCCAGUCUGGUGCUCCCGGCGCCCCUAGCGGCGGUGUUGUCCCCACUGCCUCUGUUCCGGAAGGCGCCAGUGCCGGUGCCUCCACUACUCCCUGCGACACUAUCACCGGCGAGACUGUUGUUCCCGUUGCUACUAUGA